GUUUUGAAAAUUUAAACCUGCAAAACCUGGUAUAAAUUUUCAUUUUCGUCUGUUUCUAGUCUUAAUCAAGUCUACGGACUCUGAGUUCUCUCACUCUUCUUUCCCAAAUAGGCAAGGGAAACCACUCCGGAGAACCGAUCGACGGUGGAGCAUCCAUCGCAUAGGCAUAUAACUACGUCAGGCUUUGAUGGGUUCAUACCCCUAUGGUGCCCCUCCCCCUUCAGAACAGAUAUGGAGGGAAGAGGUUCUUUAUCUCCACUGUCUUUGGCACAAGGGACCUCCUAGAAAUCCUAACCAUAAGCCAAAUUCAAAUAAUCUUGGUGCCUCCAAUUCCCCAGCACCUAAACACAAUUCAGAAAAUCUCUGUGACUCCAUUUCCUCAACACCUAAAUCCAGUUCAGAGAAUCUUGGUGUCUCCAAUAGCCCAACCUUCAAGAGGAUGAGGAAAAACAAGCGAAGAGGUACAAGGAAAUUGAAUAAUCCCAAACCUAUAUUUGUAGAGAUUGAGUGGCCAUGUGGAUCAGAGCCUGGGUGGUGCAAGGAGAUAGGCUGGCCUGAAUCAAGUCCAGAAUCUGAUCAAGCCACCAGACCUGCUGCUGCUGAAGGACAGCCCGAAUCAAAUGAUCUUGAUGCCUCCAAUUCCUCAACACUUAAACCCAAUUCAGAAAUUCUUGGUGCCUCCAGUUCCUUGAAAUCUAAACCCAAUUCAGAAAAUCUCGGUGCCUCCAAUCCCACAACCGUCAAGAAGAGGAGGAAAAACAAGCAAAGAGGUGCAAAGAAAAAGAAAGAUCCUAAACCUAUAGUUUCAGAGUUUGAGUGCCCAUCAGAUCCUGAGCUGCGCCUGGAGACUGGCUGGCCCGAAUCAAAUCCACAAUCUGAUCAAACCAUCAGACCUCCAACUGCUGAAGAACAGGCCAAAUCCACCGCUCUUUAUUUGCAAAAGAAGGAUAGGAUUUCGAUCUUUAGACAUCACCAUCUUAAGGCUUUGAUGGGUUCAUACCCCUAUGGUGCUGCUCCCCCUUCAGAGCAGCUAUGGAGGGAAGAGGUUUUUUAUCUCCACUCUCUUUGGCACAAGGGGCCUCCUAGAAAUCCUAACUCUGAACCAGAUUCAAAUAAUCUUGGUGCCAAUGCCUCAACACCUAAACCCAAUUCAGAAAAUCUCUGUGACUCCAGUUCAUCAACACCUAAACCCAAAUCAAAGAAUCUUGAUGUCUCUAAUCCCACAACCUUCAAGAAGAGGAGGAACAAGAAGCAAAGAGGUACAAAGAAAAUGAAUGAUCCCAAACCUAUAUGUUUAGAGGUUGAGUGGCCAUGUGGAUCAGAUCCUGGGAGGCGCCAGGAGAUAGGCUGGCAUGAAUCAAAUCCAGAAUCUGAUCAAGCCACCAGACCUGCUGCUGCUGCUGAAGGACAUGCCAAAUUAAAUAAUCUUGAUGCCCCCAAUUCCUCAAAACCUAAACCUAUUUCAGAAAAUCUCGGUGCCUCCAGUUCCUCGACACCUAAACCCAAUUCAGAAAAUCUCAGUGCCUCCAAUCCCACAACCUUCAAGAAGGGGAAAAACAAACGAAGAGGUGCAAAGAAAAAGAAAGAUCCUGAACCUGUAGUUUCAGAGUUUGAGUGCCCAUGUGGAUCAGAUCCUGAGCCAUGCCUGGAGACUGGCUGGCCCGAGUCAAAUCCACAAUCUGAUCGAGCCACCAGAUCUCCAACUGCUGAAGAACAGGCCAAAUCCACCUAUUUGCAACAGAAGGGCUUGCAAGCUUGCCAAGAUUUUUUCUCAAGCAAGGUUUGUACAGAUGAUAAUGAAGUAGAAGAGGAGUUGACGACUGAUGACAUAAAUGAAUCUGAAGAAUUCAAGUUCUUUAUGGGGAUUUUUACAGAUGACACUUGUUUGAAGGAUUAUUAUGAGAAGAAUUGGGAGAGUGGGGAGUUUUGUUGUUUGGUUUGUGGUGGAACUGGGAAGAAGGUUUUGAAGAGGUUCAAGAAUUGCUUUGCACUUGUUCAACACUCGACUACAAUAUCAAAGACUAAGAGGAAGGUGGCACACCGAGCUUUUGGGAGGGCGAUAUGUCAGGUUCUUGGUUGGAAAACUCAUCAACGUCGAAGCAUUGUUCUGUCCUUGGAUGGGCCUCUUGGUCAUUCCAUGGCCAAAGCAGAAUCUGAGGUUGGUUUUCAUCAGAAUAUUGCUCCAAAGGAAGAACUCCGUGACAAUUUUAUAGACCUUGUAGAUGACAGUGAUGGGGAAGUGGAUCCAAAGGACCAUGGUGUCGUUGUCCAGAAGGAAAAUCUUUGAGGCAAAGUUAUAGAGUCUGUGACUGUUGUCAAGGGUGAACAGAUGAUACGUUCACUUACCAGCUAUGCAUUUCCUGUCCAUAAAUGUUGUUCGUUGCAGGUGGAUCCAAAGCAAGACAAUGGAGUUCUUAGAGGAGAUCUUGACAGUGAAAACUGUUGAAUAGAUGGGCAUAUAAAGGGGAAGAGUUGGAUUUAAGGGUGAGUUGGUUCUGGAUUCAUUCAUGCAUUGGUUUUCUUUCUGAGAACUUUGUGGUGGCUUAUGCAUUAUUGAUUUGUUUGUCACUACAAUGCUGAUGAGUAUGAAGAAAUAAGCCACAGAGAUUCAUAAGGAAUGGCAUGAAAAGGGAUUGUAGACUGGAAACAAGUGAAGGAUUCAUGUAACGGAGUCGUAGACAUUUUGAAAUGGGGGGGUUGAAUUGGUUGCUGUACAGGGUGAAUUUCUGUGUUCUAGGCCUUCAUUUGCACAAAACCACCAUUUUAGUACGGAUGUUUUUGUUAAAAAUGUUACUUGAUCGCCCCUAAAGUUCACUUACUCUUGCUUGUCUA